AUUCAGAGUUCGACUGAAGUGUACACGACUUGCCAACGAUCAGCCACCCUACAGCGUCGCCAUUCCACCUACCAGGAUGUUGACGGAAAUGAUGAACAUAGCCAGGUGAUGGACCUUGAUCGAAUACUGAACACUCGUAUAGACGGACUUGAAAUCGCUUUUGAAAGGACGAAAGCCUGGAGCAAUUACUCGAAGGAUCUGUUGUCCUACAUCCGCGCCCGUCUCCAGCUAGAACAGGAGCAUGCCCGCAAAGUGACGACGCUGGUUGAGCAAUGUAGACGGGAUAUAUCGAAGCCGUUUAUGCCACUACGAGAUGUGUUCGAAAGCAGUUUUGACAGUGAUAUCGACUUGGUCGGCAGGACGAAGGAGACCACUGAUCACCUGAAGGCUCGAGUCGUUGAAGCGCUUGACGCUCGACGUAAAGAACACGAUAUCCAACGUGGCGCUUUGAAACUCGAAUGGACUAAGCUCACGAAAUCGCUGAAAGCCGAAGCAGAGAAGCAGCUUGCCAUAAGCUCUGCAGAACUGCGACGUAAGCGGAAGGAGCUGGAGAAUGCUAAGGUUCUUUCUAUUUUUGUUCUUUACUUCCCUUUUUCUUCAAUAAUUUUGGCGACCUUUCAUUGA